GGUCGCUUCGCUUUCUUUAGGGGGUGGACGGUGGAGUAUUGGUACAAAAAGAAAUUCAAUUUCCGCACUUUCUAUUGAUAAGUUGUAGAAGUCAAAAUUAAUUUGAAUUUUUCAAUGAAUUUAUCUUUGGAAAUUUUAUUUUACAUUGCUGUAGCUAUAGCUGCUCAUAUUCUUGUAUACGUCUUUGUUACAAAGAAGAAACAAAAAUCUAUAUUCGGUCGGCAUGUCGUGGUUACGGGAGGAUCCAAAGGAAUUGGACUUUACAUUGCAGUGGAAUGCGCCAUGAAAGGUGCUAAUGUUACAGUGAUAGCUCGUGAUGAAAAAAUGUUAAAAGGAGCUGUUGUGCUCCUAGAGGUCUUAAGACAGUCUCCAGAACAAAAGUUCAACUACAAGUCAUUGGACAUAUCACAGAGCUAUGAAAAAGUAACCGAAUGUUUUUCUGAAAUCGAAAAGCAAUUCGGUGAGAUUUACAUGUUAGUUAAUUGUGCUGGAAUGGCAAUUUGUGGAGUUUUCGAGGAAGUUUCUGUUGAAGACUCAAGAAAGCUAAUGGAGAUCAACUAUUUUGGUACCUACAAUUGUACUCGGCAUGUUUUGCCAAAAAUGAAGGCAGCAAAAGAAGGAAUAAUUGUCAUAACAGCCUCACAAGCAGCUCUAUUUGGAAUCUACGGGUAUGGAGCUUAUACGGCAUCGAAAUAUGCACUUCGUGGAAUGGCCGAAACAAUAUCCAUGGAAUCUCGUCAUUUGGGAGUUUCGGUUACUUUGGCUCUACCAGCUGAUACUAAUACACCAGGUUUUGAAAAUGAAGAAAAAACUAAACCAAAAGAAACAAAGCUUAUAUCUGGAAGUGGAGGUCUCGCUCAGCCGGAUGACGUUGCUAAACGUAUUGUAAAUGAUGCACUGAAAGGUUCAUUCAUAUCUAUUAUGGGCUUUGAAAGCUGGUUGGUGACUCUUUUAUGCGGGGGAAUGUUUCCUUGGGGUGGCCUUUUUCAAAAUAUAUUCCACGCACUUGUACUGGGACCACUUCGUAUUGUAGGAUGCUUCUUGCAAUGGCAUUUUGGAAGAAUUAUCCGGAAUUGUGCCAAGGAAAAAAUGGAAUAAUCUUUUUUUCAACGUCCUACAAUCUAUAAAAUUGGGGUAGGUAUUGAGGCAAAACGCGGUAUGUUAAAAUCGAAAAUUACCCACAGAAUCUUCCAAAAUAUUUUUUUUUUUAAAUAGUUUCGAACAUUCCAAUGAGUUUUAUCGAGUUUUACAACAAUAUCUAGGUACCUCAGUUUUAUUAAGUGAAUAAAUAUAAAAAUUGAUCCUCUAUGCAUUUUUAGAUCUGUUCAGCAGUUAUUUUUAAUAAAAGAUGAAUGUUGUUUGAAAAACCACGCACGGUUUUAGCUUUGUGUUGGUAUCAACUUAAAAAUCAAUCAACAAUACUUCUUCCGUCAAAAACAUCGGGUUGUAGAUUUAAAUAAAUACAUUAAUGAUUUUAUGAAAGAAGUUUCUUCAUUAAAAAAAAAAAAAAAAACAUAAAACUUCUCAGCAAAUCUAAAAACCGAAGGACCAAUAAUUACAAAUACCAUAAUGCCUUUCGUUUCAUUAGGCUAUCUAAUGACAAAACUUUAUCUCCAGAAGACUUAAUCAUUUUUUUUCAAUAUAUGAUAACAUAUAUUUAUUUCUUUAUUUGUUUUUAAUUAUGUAUGCAUUGUAAUUUAAUAUAUUUUUACGAAAACAGUACAAAAUAAUUUGUUUUUGCAUUUGAUCACCAAAUCUGUAUAAAUAUAUGAUGUUCAACUUUUUAUUCACGCACAUGAAUUAUAAAUUUAACUAUGUAAAACUUACUUUUUAAAUAUAUACAUACAAUAAUACAUUUUU